AUGCUCGACGCCAUCCACGCCGAGCACGCCCACGACCAGCUCAACUCGUACAACGUCGCGCAGCUCCAGUACGCGCUCGCCGCCGACAAGGACCGCGGAUUCGUCGCGAUGCUGGACGACAGCGAGGGUGCCCUCAUAGUGCCGGACAUCGAGUACGACGAGCGGCGGAUGUCGACGGGCGCGGCGUCCGCGGACACGGAGUCGUCGUCGCUCUCGUCUGCGCAUGCGCUGCGACGGGGCAGCGCGACGCCGAACGAUUCGCCCGUGCCGAAGAGCGUGCGGCCCGACUGGGCCGCGGGGGGAGGAGGACAAGAAGGUCUCGCUCCCGUCGAUAUUCACGACCUUCGAGGAGACGGCGUAAGGCACAGCCCGUACCCGCAGCCUGCCCGGGCGCCCGCGUAUGCGCCGUCCAAUCUGGGCAGCUACACCUUCCCGCCGACGAGUAGUAAUAGCGGCGACUACGUGGACACGCCGACGCCGAGCUCUGCGUUCCCGCCCACGCCCUCGAGCGGGUUCUCGCCCGGGCCGGGGAUGCACCUCUCGCCGUACGCGGAGUCGGACCACUGGACUUCAUCCCCUGCCGGCAUCGUGCGGCCGAGCUCGACGCCGGGGAGCAGCGGGCCCAAGUACGAGGAGCUGGGCGGCGCGGGCGGCGGCGCGCCGGCGUUACGGCACGCGUCGUUUAGCGCGGGACACAUGUCACCGCAGAUGUUCGCAGGCUCGGCUCGUAUUUCGGGCCAUCACCCGGCGGGUAUAAAAGGCGACUGGGGCUUCCCCGGGGGGGACCCCUCCUACCACCCCCACCACCCGCACCCGCACCCGCACGCCUACGCCAUGCCUGCGCCCGCGUCGCCCACCCGCUCGCCCCAGGCCCCGCCGUCGUCGCUUGUGGACCGGCCCCAGCGGAAGCGGGGCAAGCUCCCCAAGGAGACGACCGACUUCCUCAAGGCGUGGCUCCACCGCCACUCGGACCACCCGUACCCCAGCGAGGAGGAGAAGAAGCAGCUCUGCCACGCGACGGGCCUCAGCAUGUCGCAGGUCUCGAACUGGAUGAUCAACGCCCGCCGGCGGAUCCUCGCGCCCGCGCACCGCGCGGCGUCCGGCCCGACGACGACCGCGCCGUACCCGCCCCCCGGCGGCGGCGGCCUCGGCGUCGGCGGCCGCGCGCUCCCCGGCCUGCUCGACGCACGAAGGCAGUCCCUCCCCGGCGCCGACUCGCUGCAGCUGUACCACCCGAUGACGCUCCAAUCUCUGCCCCCGCAGCACCACGGACACCACCCCUACGCGCACGCGCACCACCCGCACCACGCGCACCACGCGCCGCUCCCGCACGAGAUGGGCUACGGCCGCGCGCCGCCGGUGCCCGCGCUGCGCAUGGGCCCCGGCAUGGAGUACGCCGGCCUGCCGCCGCCGCGGAGCGCGGGGCCGGGCGGGUACGCGCCGCAGCCGGGGCAGGGCGGCGCGUAUGGUGUCCCACUGAGCGCGCCCGCGAGCAUGAGCGGGAACCCGUUCUCGCCGCCGCCGCCGGGCGCGCCCGGGACGGCGUACCUGCCCAGCCCGAGGGAGGAGGGCGCGGGCGCGGCGGGGCCCGGGAGGGGCGAAGCGAAUCUGAUCGGCUGGGGGCUGGGAACGCAGCGAAAAAAAAAUUACAAUGGGGAUCGAGAUGGUGCCGUUACGGAUAUGGUCUCCACGGAUCUCCUGCCCCUCCUCCCACCGCUGCGCUUCGCCGCCCGCCCGCCUCCGCGUCCGCCUUCUUGUGUCGUCUGUUUCUUCUCCCUACCGUUGGACACCCACCCGCAAUGCCUAUUUAUCACGCAAUCUCUCUCCGUACUCUCGCUGUUCUUGUCUGUUCUCCUGUCGUAUACCACUCCGUUCCCCUGA